CUCGUGGACUUGCAUCUGGAGAUGUAUUUCGGAGGGCGGGGUGGGAAACAUGCACAUGGGCUUCUAGAUGCGGCCGAUCAAUCCACGGAUCAAGUUGAUACCCCAAUCGAUGAAAACUGGAAGACGCCUACUGAGGAACAUUUCGAUGAGAUUCUGGGCGCACGGGUUAUGGAGGAUGUCAGGACGCCAUCGUAUCAGUGA